CGCAACUACGUUUGGAUAGGCCUAUAUUUUAUAUUAAAAGUUUCACAAUUUUACUUUUUUUUAUGAAUAUGACAAUAUGAGAGUAUGACUAUUUUAUGAGUCUUCUCUUUUAAAAGUUAGUCUUACCAACCAUUUACCACCAUCUAUUCACACCAUCAUGAAAGAAAUCAGCCAACGUUACGUUUCAACUCAAGAUGUGUCAAUAAUCGGCACCUCUUCGUCUUGGGGUAAGGUAACAUCAGGGGUACCCCAAGGUUCGGUUCUGGGGCCAGCACUGUUUCUCCUAUACAUCAACGAUAUCCAGGACCAAGUGCGAUCCGGUUUGAGGCUGUUUGCUGACGACAGUGUCAUCUAUCGUGAAAUACAUUGCCAGGAAGAUCACUGCAAGCUCCAGAGCGACAUAGCAACUCUCACUGAGUGGUCUGCAAAAUGGUUGAUGCACUUCAAUAUCAACAAAUGUGCUUCACUAACUAUCACCAAAAAGCGCAAGCCCAGCCUCUUCCAAUACAAUAUCCUUGGAACACCACUCGCAUCAGUAGACCAGCAUGAUUACUUGGGAGUCACAGUGACACUUGAUCUCCGCUGGAACAUCCACCACCAGAAAAUAAUCAAUAAAGCCGGCGGCACUCUUGGUCUUCUUCGCAGAACCCUCACUCACUGCACUCAAACUGUCAAAACAACAGCCUACAAAACCUUAGUACGUCCGCAAUUGGAAUACGCCUCUGAAGUCUGGAGUCCACAUACAAUAGAUGGUCAAAAACGGCUCGAGCAAACACAAAGGUCAGCAGCACGCUUCAUCUACAACGAUUACCGAAGAACAACCUCGGUCACAGAACUCAUCAACAACCUGGGAUGGGAAACCCUUUAUGAUGCAACUGACAAGUUGAAGAUGUCCGAUUCCUCAUCUAUUCACACCAUAGAAGAAAUCAGCCAUCAUUACGUUUCAUCUCGAGAUGCUUCCGCCAUUAGAUCUAUCUCAGACUCUAAAGCAACAGAAGAUAUUACACCCAGAAGUUCUUACGAGACGGACUCUUGGGAAACAACAACUAAAUCCUCAAGAGGCUCCUCCUUUGUGGACUCCAGGAGAACCUUAGAAUCUUUCUCGGAUGAUGAUGAUUAUUCAGGGAGGCAGAGAAGAUGGAGGAGGUCAGCUGGUGAAGAAAGAACGUCUUCAUCUGGAACAGAGAGAUCAUCGUCAUCCUAUUACAGCACACACUGGGAUGCUAGUGGUUCACAGACUGAUUCUGAGGCAUAUCACGAAGCAAGCGAUAAGGUGCUUUCCAUCCAGCAACACUUCAUCAAGUCAAGACUCAAACAUCUCAAGACAACUCUGCAUAAACCCAAGACAGACGAUGAUAAAAAGAUGCAGCAAGAAACCCCACCCAGGUCUGAAGACAGGGGCGUGUUCUGCCAGAACUUAAUUUCCAUUUUGGAAAGAAAGAAAACAACAAAUCUUGACUCUCGGCGAAGGAACCAAACGUUUCAAAAAACAUCAAAAGAUGACAAGAAGAUCCUCAUUGACAGAGAAAUUGUAAAUAGAUUGAAAAUUGAGAAUCUUCUAUCAGCAAUGAAAAGGGCAUCAUCUAGCCGUACUACUGAUGCACUUGAAUCCUGUCAGCAAUGCCGAUUAUCCCAGGAGGCUGUGCUGAAGAGGACGUUCGUCCGAAAUAAAACCUCCAAGCUUGGGAAUGAGUUGACUGAUCAAAAGGUGGACUUGGAAAUUAGCACUAAGGAUCCAUUGACUGCAAUAGGGGAUUUAGCCCGGUCACUACCAAAGCCGAGUGAUAAUCCUGAAGAGAUAUGGGCCAAAUUACUGAAUCAAGGGAUUACAUGAUGACUGUAGCGGACAGGGUCAGUAUUGGUUCAUCUUUGGAGAUGGCAUGCUGUAAUCUUUGUUACUUGUUACUUAUUUGAUUAUGUUGACGAUCCUCCAUGGUAUGGCACUCACUUAUAUCUUGAGUUCGGACGGGUUACUUGACUUAACUUAGCACCAGCCUCAAGUUUUUAAUAUCUCCUAGGACAAGUCCUCUUAUAUCUCCUAGGACUAGUCCUAACAAAUUCUUUGUAAAAUCAACACCAAGGCCUAAUUGUAUAGAGCUGUUUAGGGAGACAACAGUGCUAAACAAGUUUUCUGUCAAGCAAAAAUAAGCAGGAAACCCCAUCACAAAUUGUGCAUUUGACAUGGUAUUUUGGCUGGUAACCUUUUCUGG